AUGAAAAUAUUCGUGUUUGAGGCUGAUGACUAUGCAGAGAAGUACCUCUGCGAAAGGUUGUAUGCGGAAGAAAACUAUGUGAUUGGAACAAGCAAAUCAGGAAAGGAUUCAGUGCAAUUCGUGAAUCAAUUAGUUCAGAACGACCCACAAGAAAUCAAAUCAGCCUUGUUGGAAUGUGAUGCUGUAGUAUAUCGAUUGAAGGAUACCAAUAUUGACGACACUCGAUAUGCCAUUAAAGUUUUGGAGGCGGCUGAAUUUAAUGACACAAAAACAUUUAUUUUAAUAUCGACAAGAAAGCCAUACGAGGCAUUUACAGAGGAUGCCUAUGUGACAAGAAAACCUCAUCCUUCAUUUAAAGGAUUUGUUGAGAUUGAAAAACGAGUAAUGAGAGCAAAAUCAAAAUUCCUCAAAACAUUUAUCUUUUUCAGCGGGCUUCUUUAUGGAGAGGAGGAGGAUAAGCUACAUCAAUGGUUCAAAUUAGGAUGGUGUUGUGAGGGAGAAUCAUUGCCAGUAUUUCUUGACGGCGGUAAUUAUAUUCCAUUGAUUCAUGUGAAAGAUUUAGUGUCAAUCAUCCACAAAACAAUUGAUGAGCCACCUCAGCCAAAGGAUGAAGGAGACGACUAUCAGCAAUCAUUUUUUGCUUGUGACGAUUCCCAACUUACUCAGAACCAAAUUGUACAGUGUUUGAGCGAGAAAUUUGGGUAUGGAGGAAAAGUCGAGCACCUAUCUGAAGAAGAUUGCUUAAUUUAUGACCACUACGACUACUUUACCGCUGACGUGAAGUUUGCAGUUGGAGCAAUUGCUGAAAUGCAAGUUGAGUGGAUUUCAAAAGAAGGACUGAUUGAGAAUAUUGAAAAAAUCAAAAAAGAAUUUGAAAUGAGGAGAAACUUGGCACCCAUGAGAAUUGUAAUGUUAGGACCUCCAGGAGCAGGAAAAAGUCUGCACUCGCAGCACUUGUCUAGAAAAUACAGACUUGACUGUAUUGAUGUACCUUCUGUCAUUGCCUAUUUUCAAGAACAUGUGAAAGAAAAAGAACGGGUCUACCUAAAUUUAGUACAAGAAAAGAAGGACAGAAUUGAAAGGGCAAACAGGAGAAGACGUGAGGAGACUGCUCAGGCUGAACAAACACCUGAAGAAGAGGUCCCAAUAGAAGAAGAAAAAGAGGAAGAAGAAGGGUCACCAAUCUCUGUUGCAAAAGCUGAGUAUGAAAAGUUGCUUGCCAUCACUCAAUUAAAGGACGGAGACAGAUUUUCGAAUAAGGCGAUUACUGACAUGUUCAGAUGGAAGCUUGGCCAACCAAAGCAUCUAAAUCACGGGUGGAUUAUGGAUGGUUUUCCAAAAACAAUAGAACAGGCAAAGCUUCUCUUUACAAAACCCAAAGUAGAGGAAGAAGAGGAAACCAAGGAGGUGGACGAUAAACUCUUUCCAGAUUUUGUCAUCACUUUCAAAGCCAAAGACACAGUUUUAGAGGAUAGAUUGAUGAAUUUGAAGUCUCCAAUUUCUGGACAUAAUGAUGAGGCUGGAUUUAAACGAAGAUUGCAAACCUUUAAUAAGACCAACGAUAUUAAUGACCUCAAGAAUUAUUUACUUGGAUACUUUGAGGAAACUGUCACUGAUAAAAAGAGACAAUGCAUUUCAAAGGAAAUAAUUAUCCAAUCAGAAAGGCCAGAGAAGGAAGUGUUGAGAGAAAUGACAGAUUUCCUUGGAAAGCCACACAAUUAUGGACCUACCCAGAAAGAAAUUGAAGAAAAAGAAAGAAAGAAGCAAGUAAGAGAGGAAGAACGGUUAAGACUCGAAAAGCAAAAACAAGAUGAAGCAGCAGCUUUGAAAAGAAAACAAGCAGAAGAAAGAGAGAAAAUUCUCAAGAGCGAUGCAGAACGAUUAGAAGAAAUUAGAAGACAAGAAAAGAUGAUGCUCGAAGUGAAAUCUCAACCUCUCAGAAUGUACCUUAUGGAAAAUGUGAUUCCAGUGCUAACCAAGGGUUUGAUUGAGGUAUGUCAAAUGCAACCUGAAGAUCCAGUCGAUUAUUUGGCUGAAUGGCUAUUUAGGCAAGUGGAGAAGAGUACAGAAAAGCAAUAA